GCAAAGACACCUAGCCUGCCAUGCUGUGCCGUCUGCCCUCCAGGCUGCCAGCCAGGAUGUGGGGCAGGACUUUGGAGAAGCAGUCAUGGAGGAACAGCAGUCAGACUCCUUCCCCAUGUCUUAUCCAUAGACUGGACCACAUUGUGAUGACAGUAAAGAGUAUCAAAGACACCACGAUGUUUUAUUCCAAGAUCCUGGGCAUGGAAGUCACAGCUUUCAAGGGUGAACGGAAAGCAUUGUGUUUUGGAGACCAGAAAUUUAACCUCCAUGAGGUGGGAAAGGAAUUUGAACCCAAAGCUGCUCACCCAGUUCCUGGCUCCCUGGACAUAUGUCUGAUCACAGAGGUACCUUUGGAGGAAAUGGUCCAGCACCUCAAGGUUUGUGAUGUCCCCAUUGAGGAAGGUCCAGUCCCCAGAACAGGGGCCAAAGGACCCAUUAUGUCCAUCUACUUCCGAGACCCUGACAGAAACCUGAUUGAGGUGUCCAACUAUAUCUCCUCAUGA